UUAUUCCUCGGCGAGCAAAUUUGCAGGUAUUUAGGAGGAAAUUAUCAGACAGAGAAGUAAAUGUAUUUUCUCGUUUCUUUUGCGCCUGCCAUCUGCCCGUAAGAUAAAAAGCUACAAAGAAUCUAAUGGAGUCCGAGGGGUUUGUAGUGUUUGUCAAUCUGUUUGUCAAGAUUUCUUGCUUGGUUUUGACGUUUUAAUGGCUUUUACAGCUAUGGCGGAAUCGACACGUUCCGUUAGCGAGUACCCAUGAAUUAUUUUUUGUCUCUGUUGUUGGUCCUGCGGGAAGAAUAUUUCGGGGAUUUUGUGUUGGGGAUGGUAGAAAAAAUGUCGGUAUUGAUUUGUUGAAGGGCGGGGGAAGGAGUUUUGUUUGUGUUUUUGGAUUUUCGGUGGGAGGAAGAACCGACUAAAGAAGCGCGCGGUCACGAGAUCGAGCCCCGGGAGGGUUGAAAACAAAUUUAUCGGUGCGGAUUUGCUUUUGUUGAGUGUGUUUCUCCUCGUGCGAGCCGCGAAAAAAGCUGUCUUUAAGGAAACAAUAUUCGGGUGACCCGGAUUUGUUAGCGGUUUCGGAAUUUUGUUGUCCAGGCGGUGGAAAUGGGGUAGAUUUGAAGGGCAGAAGAUUCUAGUAGAUGUGCAAAUGCAAAGGGAACUGCUUAUGCAAAUGCAAAAGGAGCUCCAUAUCUGUAUCUUGAUAGAUAGAAUAGAUACAGCUAAAAUACUUUUACUGUGCUUUUUCAGAGUCGUUAAAGCUGAGUAAAGUUAUGCAUCUGCAGAUUGCUUCGAGGCGGUGGAAAUGGUGCCGAUGUGAAGCGGAAAAGUUUCUAUUAAUGUGUCUGUGAAAGGUGAAAGGCAGCUGAGGAAUGGAUGUCCGCUUCAUUCUUGGCACAGAGAAAUUAAGAGUUCGAGUCACAGGAGUGUUUUCAGAUCUAACUGCUUUGUAUCAUCGCCCUCCUUCGCUCAACUACAAUUGCAAAAUUUUAGGGUUUGAAUGCAGCCGAUAAUGUGCGGCAAAAUAUUCGAGGCUGUAAAGACAGACGUAGAGAACAGAAGAAAUUAUAUUCGUCAACUUCAGGCGGAAUCCACGAGCUCGACUUCGUCAAUGUCUGGCUACGGAAAUAAUAAUACUAACGGAGUUCAAGGCACUCCUUUCUCUAUGCCGUGGACCGUCGUGCCGCCGGUCCAAUGGUCAAAUCCCCCGCUGCUUUCCUGCAUGCCUCCGAAUAACGAAGCGCCUUCUUCUUCAUCAUCUUCCUUUUCAGGGUUUCAUGGCGGUCCCUUGCAGUUUCCUUACGAUCGCCUGCGACAAAGCUCUGUAUAUGGAAGAAAAAGCGGCGUUUCGCUUCACGAUCAUCAUGACUCCUCUCCUAUGCUUUUGUCCAACGGUCCUUCUGGAAUGCUCAUGGAUGGCUAUGGCCAUGGCCUUAACCUUCCCGGAGAAAUGGUAAAUGUGAAAAUGACUGCACAGGAAAUCAUUGACGCCAAAGCCUUAGCGGCAUCAAAGAGCCACAGUGAAGCAGAACGCCGGCGACGCGAGAGGAUCAACACUCAUCUCGCCACUCUGCGCACCAUGCUCCCAAGCACUACUAAGACGGACAAGGCUUCAUUGCUCGCAGAGGUGAUAGACCAUGUAAAAGAUCUGAAACGGCAAGCCGCAGAAAUUGCUGAAGGAAGCACAGUGCCAACCGAAGCAGACGAAGUUACAGUAGAUUCCGAUCCCGAGGACAAAUCACUGAUAAAGGCCUCCGUUUGCUGCGACGAUCGUCCAGAUCUUUUAUCAGAUCUCAUCAAGGCUCUCACAACCCUUAAUUUGCGCACUCUCAAAGCCGAAAUUACCACGCUUGGCGGCAGAGUCAACAACGUAUUGCUCCUAGAUCAUCACCAUCAUCCAAAUCAUCAUUAUCACCAUGAAAAUAACAAUACCAGCAAUAAUCCUCCCCCACCUCCACCAUCUCUUACCUGCAUUCAAGACGCUCUCAAAGCUGUCAUGGAGAGGCCAAAUUCAGAGGAAUCACCGCCUGGAAAUAAACGCCAACGCCUCAAUCCCUUCAAUUCCAUACAUAUUCUUGAUCACAGGCCUAUUUAACACGCUUUUCUUUAAACAGUCAAACAGCCAACAGUAAUUUUGUAUAUCAGUUUUGCGAAAGGAAAAAACUGUCUGCAGAUCUAACACAAGAACUCCUUCCCCAUUUGGUUUUGUGUGAAUAACCUUCCCUUGUCAUAAUAUGAUGGCGAUUCAUUUGUCUUUAACAUGUUUUCUUGUGAUAGAUGCUAGAGAAGAUAGCUACCUACCAGCGGCCAUUACAAAGAUUGGAGCUCUCCAAUGUUUUGUUUGAUGCGAUACAAAUGGUAUACAUGCCAAAGAGUUUUUCACUUGAGCACAUCUCCCCAGUAGCCUAUUCUCAGCUACUAAAAGAUGCGUUCAACUUUCCAUUUUCUUCCAAGUUCUAGAAAUUUUGUUUCCUGAAGUUCUUUGUAUUCGUCAUUAUCCAAAAUUCUCAGUGUAUGAGAUAAUAUUGAACGGUUCUUGAUGGGUAUACCUAUUGUAUUGCAUUAUUAUUGUAUAUUUCAUUUAAAAAUAGCAACCACACUUUCGAACACUUUAGAUUACAA